AUGAAAGAUAAACGGCAUUCGCCAAAUAAAUAUAAUGUAAAAUUAGAAAAAAGUGGUAUUUAUUGGUUAGCUGAUUUUGAGAAUGAUCCUCAAUAUGUGGCUGCUAGAAAAGCAACAAUAGUUGUUCAUGGUAUGAAACCUCAUUUGACACGAGAAGGUGGAUCAAUUCCGAUUACAUCAGCAUUUGAACAAUUAACAGGGAAAACUGUUUUAAUGUUACCAGUUGGUUCGUCAGACGAUGGAGCUCAUAGUCAAAAUGAGAAAUUUAAUGUUUUUAAUUAUAUGAAUGGGGUAAGCAAGAGUGAAACAGAGUCUAGAAAUCAAAUUGAAAGUUAG